GAAUGCUCGCAUACAAACACACAAAACCAGGGACACAGACUGCAGCGAGAAGGGUGUUGGAAUUCCCCACCACCCUUCUCAUUUCUUUUCCUUCACGUGAUUCCUGACUCUGUUCCCGCACUUCUAUUCUCAUCACCUGCUUGCUUUCUUCAUCCCUUGCUUGCUUUUGUCACCUUAUGCUCACUCCUCUUUUUCCUCUACGACUCGAGGUAAAAAUGCUCCACUACUCCAGAUAAUAGAAAAACAAACAGGGCUCUUGUAACCACGAUUUCUACUGCAUUGCCACAACCCUUCUCUUCCGUAGUUCAGGAUAAUGGGGAGGCGACGUUAUCAUUUUCUGCUGCGUGUGCUUGUUUUUGUCGCAUUUUACUGCCAUUGUUCUUUCCUGGUUUUGUGUUCCCCGUCUCCUGGAAAGAACCUGUUGCUACCAUCUGAUGCGUCUGCUUUGUUGGAUUUCAAGUCAAAAGCUGAUUUGAGGAACAAAUUGGGUUUUUCUCCGAAAACUAGCUUUGCAUUCUGCAAAUGGGAUGGGGUCCAGUGCUCCGAUUCCAGGGCAGUUAAAGUGAUCAUUGAAAGCAAGAAUCUUGGAGGGGUUUUUGCUCCGGGAACUCUUACUCACCUCCGUGAGCUUCGGGUUCUCAGUCUCCGGAACAACUCCCUCACCGGUCCGAUUCCCGAUCUUUCCGGUUUGGUUAAUCUUAAGGUUCUUUUUCUUUCUCGCAACUAUUUCUCCGGCUCUGUUCCGCCUUCCGUUUCCACCCUCCAUCGUCUCAAGACACUUGAUCUUUCUUACAACAUGCUGGCCGGUCCAAUACCCGAUUCUUUGGGCGGUUUGGACAGGCUGUAUUAUCUCCGGCUCGACUUCAACCGGUUCAACGGUUCGGUCCCACCUUUCAACCAGACCUCCUUGCAAAUCUUCAACGUCUCUCACAAUGCCCUCAGCGGCGCAAUCCCAGUGACCCCAGCUCUUUCCCGCUUUAAUAUGUCAUCUUUUGCGUUGAACUCCCGACUUUGCGGUGAGAUUAUCCACAAAGAAUGCCCUUCGACGAGACCCUUUUUUGGCCAGCCGACGAUCAUGGCACCACCUCCGACAUCAGCAGCGGCGCUCAGGCAAACGGCGGGGUUGAGGGAUGACGUUGCCUUAAGCAGUAAAGGCAUAAUGCAGAAGCACAGGAGGGCUGCUCUGGUGAUAGGCUUCUCAUUGGGGGUGUCUAUUGUUGUCAUUUCACUCAUAUGCCUCGCGUUCGCUGUUAGGAAGCAUAAAAGAUCGCCGAAAGGAGAACGUACGAAAAUGGGGCUGGACCCUAGCGUGACGGGCAAUGCAGAGGCUGUUAUGAGAAUUGCAGAAGAAAACGAAGAGCUGGAGGAGAAGGUGAAGAGAGUGCAGGAGGGUAAGCAGCUGCAGACGGCGGGGAAAAGCGGGAGCUUAGUAUUCUGCGCGGGCGAGGCGCAGGUGUAUACGCUGGACCAGCUGAUGCGGGCUUCUGCAGAGCUGUUGGGGAAGGGGACAAUGGGGAGCACGUACAAGGCAGUACUUGACAGCCGUCUGAUCGUCACUGUGAAGAGACUGGAUAGUGGGAGAUUGGGGGGCACGAACCAGGAGGUGUUCGAGGGGCACAUGGAAUCAGUGGGUGGGCUGAGGCACCCUAAUUUGGUGCCUCUUCGGGCUUAUUUUCAGGCCAAGGAAGAAAGGCUUUUGAUCUAUGAUUACCAGCCCAAUGGCAGUCUUUUUUCUCUCAUUCACGGUUCAAAGCCAGCAAAGGCGAAACCACUUCACUGGACAUCAUGCUUGAAAAUAGCGGAGGACGCAGCCCAAGGACUCUGCUACAUCCACCAAGCGUGGAGGCUCGUUCACGGUAAUCUCAAGUCCUCUAACGUCCUCCUCGGCUCCGACUUCGAGGCCUGCCUCACCGACUACUGCCUUGUCGCAUUAGCCACCCCGUCCCCAGACGAAGACGCUAAUUCCAUCGCCUACAAAGCCCCGGAAAUUCUCAGGUUCGACCACAGGGAAGCAACAUCCAAGUCUGAUGUCUACUCAUUUGGGGUUCUUCUACUCGAGCUGCUAACAGGGAAGCACCCAUCGCAGCACCCGACUUUGACGCCCGAUGAUAUGAUCAGUUGGGCAAAGUCUGCUAGGGACGACGAUAACGGAGAAGCAAACCAAUUGGAAAUGCUUCUCGAGGUGGCCGUGGCUUGUAGAGUGGCCUCGCCGGAGCAAAGACCGACAAUGUGGCAGGUCUUGAAGAUGAUUCAAGAAAUUAAAGAGGUGGUCCUAAUGGAGGAUGGUGAGUUCAACUCAAGUUCAGGGAACUCUUAGCUGUUUUGUCCUCUACUUGUUGAGCAGUGAAAAUUUAGCAUGGGCGUACAAAUGCACGUGUAUGAUGUACACAUUUUCAGUUCAACAAUGGCAAUUUAUGCCAAAAAUUUAGCUUGGAGCCCACCCACCAUCCAGACAUAUGUAGGGAGAGCACAAGAAAAAGGAGUACUUAGUUAAAAUAGGCCUGGAAAAAUGAAAUAUGAACUGUUUUUUCCCUUAAUGGAGAUAUGUAUUAUUUUCCUGUAUUCAUUGCUUACUACAGUUAUGAAUCAUAUAUAUUUUACUGGAAAGUGGUGUUAUAUUUUGUCUGA